UUUGAACAGAUCGAUGGAGUCACUGGAUUCUAUGGGGCUGCACUAUUAACGAACUCGAAAAAUCAAUACACCGUGAAUGUAUUCGUCUUUUUAAAAUGAGAACGUGACAAAAUAUUAAUUUUCAUCGAAGAAAACAUUUUUUAUUUAAAAAAAGCUGUUGAGAUUUGAUGCUCAUUUUUUAUUUAUUUACAUAGUGAUGAGUAUUGUCAUAGUUACGGCGUGGUAGAACAUUCUGCGCGUUCAAUUAACUGUUUUUUGCUGCAAAUUAUUACUGUUGAAGAUUCUUGUUGGUUAAGGUCAAGAAUAUACAUUAUACACAAAAAUAAUUAUAAGUUAAAAUGGAAGAAAUUAAUGGGGAGCUUUAUGGGGAUGGUUUAGUUAGUUUAGGGGAUGAGGGAUCCUUGGAAUCUACAGACAAUGGAAAGCAAGAUCAAAAUUGUAAAAUUUGCGAUGAUAAAUUGUGCAGCCCUCGAGUAUUGUCUUGCCUUCAUGUAUUCUGUGAAGCUUGCAUUGACAAAUUGAUGGUUAAUGAAGCUGGAGAUUCUUUGAAAUAUGAUUUGGCUGUGGAGUGUCCCUUGUGCAAACAAGAAACAAAGAUACUUGGAGGUGGGGCUGCGUCACUUCCUUCUGAUUAUCUCAUCACAAACAUUCUGGAUGUAUCGGCUAUGGAUCAAUCUGUGGUAUGCACUUGUUGCAAGAGCAAGGAACCUGCUGUUGCUAGAUGUACCGAUUGCUCUCAUUUCCUCUGUUCCAACUGUAAUUCAGCACAUGAAUUCAUGAGAUGCUUUGAAAAUCACAGGGUUGUUCCAUUUGAUGCCCUAAGAUCUUCUAAGGAAAAAACCGCUGUGCACAAACCGAUUUUCUGUAUCCGCCAUGUUGGAGAAAGUUUAAAGUUCUAUUGCUGUGAGUGUGAAGUUGGUGCUUGCACUGAAUGCCUAACUGUGGAUCAUAAAGUAGGUGAACAUCGCUGUGAGCGGAUUGUUGAUGCUGAACCAAAUCUGCGUGCGGAGCUUCGUAAUUUUAUAGUGGAAGCGAAUACCCGAGCUGUAGCUGCUGGAAGUGCUUCUGCAAGGCUAGAUGAUGCACUUGGAGAUUUACAGCGCCAACGUGAUGAAGCUGAAAAUGUCAUUAAUGAGGCGUUCCAUGCUUACAAAGCUGCUUUGGAGAGACGUCGGGAAAAGGCUCUUGAAGAACUCGAACGCCUGCACAAGGAAAGAGAACUGAAAGUUAUGGAUUUGUUUGAUCGCGUCGAUAAGACUGUACAACGCAUUGAUUGUGCUUGUAAAUUUGCAACAAGACUUCUUCGUCGCGGCGAUGGCACUGAAAUUGUCAUGUUAAAGAAAACAGUUGCAUCACAAUUUACACGCUUGUUGGAAGCAGCACCAGAAUUCGAUGUAGACUAUUCAUUGGAGUUUGUCACCAAAAUGGAAAAGUUUGAUGCGAUCACUGAGGAAACUUUCGGAACAUUCCGAACAGAAGCUACUCGCGCAGAAGAAAGGAAGCGCGCAAGUGAGUCCUCUGCGAUUGUCUCGGUUGCCUCUAAUUCUCAUUCCCCUGCUGUGUCAGUAACUAAUGCACCAGUGUUUGAUGAUUAUCCUAUGCCCAAUGUUCGUCGCGUAACUGGCGUAACUGGAGUGGCUAACAUAGUCGGGGUACCAGGUGUAGGUGGUGUACCUUCUAUUGGAGUGCCAGGAGUGGGUGCCGUCCCAGGAGUCGGUGCAGUGACAAACACGAGCGUGAUACCAGGUGUAGUCAGCGUCAACAGUGUCCCUGGUGUAGGUGGUGUCACUGGUGUUGGUGGAGUUCCUGCUCUCCCAUCUAUGGUAGAAUAUAAUUUGCAGCAAUUGGCAAGCAUUGCUGAAAAGGAGGUGCCUCCGCCCCCACACGCUUCCCCAGCUCCUACUUUUACUCUCGCGGAAUUGCUUGCUGAAGUUAACGGUUUUGGUGGAGUCGCCGGUGUUGGUGGAAUCGGCGGUGUAGGCCCACGUGGAGUAUCUCCUGGUAGACCACUUUUAACUGCUGCUGAAGAAGCUGCACUUGUCGCACCACCUGCGCCCUUAGUCCGUGCUACUAAAGCAACGCCCAUGCAUAUUAGGUUCAAGUUUGGACAACUUGGAGGUGGGAAAGGACAAUUCAAUUCUCCACAUGGCUUCUGCCUGGGCAAUGAUGAGGAUAUCAUCGUUGCAGAUACCAAUAACCAUCGCAUCACGGUAUUUGAUAAGUCCGGCAAUUACAAAUUCAACUUUGGCGUAGCUGGAAAAGAAGAGGGACAGCUGUGGUAUCCGCGUAAAGUAGCUGUGGUGCGCGCUACAGGGAAAUUUGUAGUUUGCGACCGUGGAAACGAGAGGUCUCGCAUGCAAAUAUUCACUAAAAAUGGACAUUUCCUAAAGAAGAUUGCUGUUCGCUUUAUUGAUAUUGUUGCCGGUCUAGCGGUGACUGCUGAAGGGCUUAUUGUGGCCGUGGACAGCGUUACACCAACUGUAUUCAUCUUAUCUGAGGAAGGUGACCUCAUGAGCUGGUUUGACUGUAGCGAGUGCAUGAGGGAGCCAUCUGAUAUUGCUAUCAGUGGCAAAGAAUUUUACGUAUGCGACUUCAAAGGACAUUGCGUCGUUGUGUUCGACGACGAGGGCCGAUUCUUGCGUCGUAUUGGAUGUGAAAAUGUGACCAAUUUCCCUAAUGGCAUCGACGUGUCUGAUGCCGGAGACGUUCUCAUCGGAGACUCGCAUGGCAACAAGUUUCACGUCGCCGUGUUCUCGCGCGACGGCGUAUUGGUCACAGAGUUUGAGUGCCCAUAUGUAAAGGUGUCACGCUGCUGCGGAUUGAAGAUAACAUCUGAAGGUUAUAUUGUCACCCUGGCUAAGAAUAAUCAUCAUGUUCUAGAGGCUAUUGUCAAGGAUGUGUGCAAAGUCGGUGCCAGGUAUUGUGAUGAUGUAGGGUUCGCAGCGCACAAGGUGAGCUCUAAUGUUACCCUCCCUAUUGGAGGUGGGCUAUUGCCUAUGUUGUGGCACCAAGCACAGCUAGAUGGUUCCGGCGACGUGUUGUGGCAUUAA